AUGAACGCACAAAAAUGUGAUUGUAAAGAAAAUAGGCGUCCGACUGCUGGCAGAUCCGCAUGCAUUUGUUCUUCUAGUGGACAAAAAACCGCAGCUGAUAGCUUCAAAGUGCCAACCCUACCUGUAAGUCGACCUCUUCAUACCAAUAACAAAGCUUGUGAUAAGGAACAGAACGGUAAACCUGAACUCAAAGGGAGAGAUGACAAGAAAAAGCAAUGGGCCCUUACUGAUUUCGACCUGGGACGUCCUCUCGGUAAAGGAAAAUUUGGAAAUGUGUACUUAGCAAGAGAGAAGGAAUCGCAUUACGUUGUGGCAUUAAAGGUCCUCUUUAAAAGUCAGAUUUUAGAGUCUGAUAUUGAGCAUCAAGUGAGACGUGAAGUCGAAAUUCAGUGCAGACUGAGACAUCCCAAUAUUUUGCGCAUGUACGGAUAUUUUCACGAUGAGAAACGUAUAUAUUUAAUUCUGGAAUUCGCCAAACACGGUGCUCUGUAUAAGUUGUUGAAGGAACGCGGGCGUUUUGAUGAAAAAACAGCAGCUAUAUACGUGAGGGAUCUUACAAAGGCGUUAAUCUAUUGUCACUCCAAAAAAGUUAUUCAUCGUGAUAUUAAGCCGGAAAAUUUAUUGAUUGGUCAUAAUUUCGAAUUAAAGAUUGCUGACUUCGGUUGGUCAGUUCAUUCCCCAUCUUCAAGGCGUAUGACUCUUUGUGGAACUCUCGAUUAUUUAUCUCCAGAGAUGAUUGAAGGCAAGCCUCACAGCUAUGCAGUUGAUAUUUGGAGUCUCGGGGUGCUAUGCUAUGAAUUACUUGUGGGGCUGCCCCCGUUUGAUGCAAAGGAUUCCCAUCAAACUUAUAGAAAGAUAAGAUAUGUUAUAAUUAAAUAUCCAGAAUUUAUAUCAGAGAAAGCAAAGGACUUGAUGGGUAAAUUGCUCGUCACCAAUCCGGAGCAGAGGUUACCAUUGGUGGAAGUUCUAAAGCAUCCAUGGAUUUUAGAGAAUGCCCCUGAAGGUGUGAAACCUCCAAUUUAUAACGCUGAACAAAAAACAUGUAGUUAG